CUCUAGCCUUUGUUCUCUUUACUAUAAUGCUUAUAUGAUAUGAAUGACAAUAUUGGUGAAGAACAGCAGCUACAAAAUACUUCUUUUAUUUGUAUUUUAAUAUGCUGAAGAUAUUAAAGACUUUCUUUUUUUUGUUUAUUCAAUUCAACUGCUUUUCCUUGAUUUUAUAAGACAUCGAUUCGCUUAUAAUCAAGCUUUCCAUAAGCGAAUAUGGGAGAUCGUAAAAAACAACAGAAAGAAAACAUAAGAACUCUUGAAACGGCCGUCGUGAAGCGAUUAUUGAAUUUUUCGUAUUAAGAAGAGCGAAUAAAGGAUAGAACAGAGACCUAUACAGUCUGAAAUCGAAUUCGCAACUUCAGUACUCCUUCCAGCUCUGUAUUCCUUUUCCUUCACAGUCUUCUAAACAGAACAAACUCUCUGAAAACAGCAUUGUUUUCUUUUGUCUAUGAUGAUUCGGCCUUACUGGCCUUUGUAUUUUUUACUUUUCUCGAUUUUUCUUCCUUGCUACCUUGCAGUCUUGAGAGAUGAAGCUGGUGUCUAUGACUAUCAUAUUCCACUUUUAGGCCGUUUAAAGGAUAUAAAACUCGAUAAAGAAAGUGAUUCUUUUCUUGUAUUAAGUGAGCGUGGACUAUUAUCACGUAUCGAUGCUACCAAUGGUGAUAUUGUCUGGCGCCAAGCCGUCGAUGAACAAACAGAAUUGAUUUUCCGCGAGUCAAAACCCCGUUACACCCUUACGUUAGGAAGUGAUCACUUGAAUGUAUGGAAUACCAACAACGGAGUGCUGGAAACGAAGUUGGACAUUUCCGCUGCUAAAGGUGGUAGUCUAUAUGAAACGAAUGAAGGUUAUGUUUAUUUCGAUCCUGAAUCCAAUAGCCUCGAAAAGAUUUCACUUCAAGAAGAUAAUGCUACGAUAAGUCUGGUUUCCUUUGACUUUCCUGUUGCAGCAAUGCUCACAGAUUCCGAAAAAAACUAUGCCUUGAAAAGAGACCAGUCUAGUUAUAAACUGAUCCAACUUAACGAUCAUUGGAAGUCUGUAGAAGAGAAGAUCGUUCCUAUUUCUGCUAAUUCGGAAGUUUUAGAUGCAAAAAAUGACCUCAUUUUGUUUAGGUAUCAGGAUGCCGUACAUGCGAUUCGUCUGUCCCAUCCUGAGAGGUCUCACUUAUUAUUCACGGAGUCUUCUUUAGUAAAUUGGAAACAGAUUUCCCAAGACGUUCCCGGAUACUCAUUUACCGUCUGUUCCGAUUCUUCUCUUGUUACAUGUGUCUUCACAUUUCAGGGAGAGGAAUUUGCUUUGGUUGAUGAAUUUAUUCACGAAACCUCAAUCUCCGUUGCUCAUGGUUUUCAUGUUGAUGAAGGCCGUUUUCUACGUACUACAGCCACUCCUCAAACAAUAGACUUUGACUCUCAAGAAAUCCUUGAAAUUCAAAAUUCGUUUUCUCGUUCUUUACACUUAUUUAAGUUGCUUCAAUCUCAAGAUAACAUCUACCUUAUCGUUGUAUUAGAAGAUGGGACAAUCUUUUGUUAUUCUAACAACAUUCUUUUAUGGAAACGUGAAGAAGCACUAGCGUAUGCUGCGGAUGCUAUAUCCUUACCUGUCAUUGCUGAAUCUUUGGAAUCUACUCCGGUCGCUGACCAAAAAAAGGAGAAUGUAAUACCCUUUUUGCACUACUUGAAGAAUUUUAAGCAACUCUUUAAUAUUAAACAGUUGCUUCCUCGACAUCAUUCUCUGGACGAUGCCUUUAUGACAAGCUUUUUGUUACCCACGUAUACCGGGAGUUUGUACUGUCUUUCUUCUGAUGUAAGCAGGAAAGACCGCGUUGUAUGGAAGAAGGAUUUCUCAAGAGAAGCUAAAGAUGUAAAAUCUUGGUUGCUGAAGUCUGCAUCCAAUCAUCAAGAGGCCUCUCUGAUAGCACUUGUGUACAUUUUUGAUGAUGGCUAUACUUUUAGAAUCCUGAGGUCAAAUGAUGCCUCGGUGAUAUACGAGAAAACCGAGACUCAAACCCCAGAUGACUUCUAUUUCCUCGAUAAUUCAAAGGACCACUAUGAGAACGUAAUAUUCGCUCUUCAUAAAGACACUGUUUCUCCUCUAGGGGACGAAAUUGCGUUUGGUCAAUUCCUUCAAAAGAAUCCUUCUGCUAUUUUUAGUAGACUUAGAGAUAAUACUCUACAAGGAUUCCGUAUCCUUGAAGAUUAUAAAAUUAUUAUAGAAUGGGAAUUGUCUUUUAAGAACGAUGAAAGGUUGCUUGACACAAUUCAACGAAAUUCACAUGAAACUCUUGCUUCGAUCGGCCGUGUUAUGGCCGAUCGAAACGUUAUGUAUAAGUAUUUGAACCCGAAUUUAAUGGCAAUCUUGACGAGUAAACAGGAUAUGUUAAUCGUCUACAUCAUUGAUACAGUCACUGGAGCUAUCCUUCAUCGGAACAGUCAUUCCGAAGUAUACGAUUUUGAGAAUAUAAGUGCAGUGCUUUCCGAAAACUGGCUUGUAUAUUCCUAUUGGAAUGCAGUUCCUUCAAUUUCUACCAAGAUUGUGUCGGUGGAAUUGUUUGAGGGAGAUAAACCGAACGUGAAGCAUAACAUCGACGUCGUGGAGAAUGGGAAUAAUAACUAUAUUCCAGCCGCUUUCACCAAAUCCUUUAACAUCGAUCGUUUGAUAAAUGCAAUGGCGGUGACGACAACAAAUCAAGGUAUAACAUCAAGAGACAUAUUGGUCUCUUUAUCUUCAAAUCAGUUGGGGAUGAUUCCUCAAAGUAUUCUGUCUCCAUUGAGACCAGUUCAAAAGCAGAACGAAAAGCCACAGCCGUCUUCUUUCGUACCAUAUGAACCAGUAAUGACAAUUUUUGACGAUCGUAUUCUUUCGUAUGACCAACGAUUAUAUGGUAUCAAAAAAAUGAUUUCUGAACCUUCUACAUUCGAAAGCACUACCCUUGUUUUAGCUUUUGGUUUAGAUGUUUUUUUCACGAGAACAGCACCGAGUAUGCCAUUUGAUAUGCUCAGUUCUUAUUUCGAUAAGAAGCAAUUGGUACUAACCACCCUCGGAAUAUUGUUUACCGUUUUGAUAACCAGACCUAUGGUCAAGAGAAAGCAACUUAAUGCGAAAUGGUAUACUUAAAACAUAAAUGAAAUCAAUAAAAGGUAGUACUAAACAUAACACAAAUCUAGGCUGUAGGGAGUUUUAUAUUAAUGUAUAAAAUCUAAUGAUAGACUUGUGUGACCUUAAAUUACUAAUAUCUUUAAACCAAAAUAAUGUUAUUGAACUACCUAAAUCCAG